UCAGUGUAUAUAUUUAGAUUGUCAUUGGAUCAGGUUUUCUGUGACAAACACAAAAGCACCAGCUACAUGUAAUACUGAACUAAAUUAGCAUAUACCUCUUUCCAUAACAAUGAGUUUAUCAUGGACAACAAGGUGUGGUGCUGCUAGCUUUGGGUCCAAUGGGAGAUCAUUAGCAUCUUACCCGGCUGUUUCUAUAGAAACUCCUGGGAGCAGGUGGAGAGGCGAGGGGAGGAUGUUUUACGCUCACCUUCUAGCCUUGGCGAACGGCAAACACAGGGAAUUCCCUCCAGUAUAUCUCUGUCAGUACAUAGAGCCGUCAUCAUACAGUCAUCAUGCUGCUUCAUUAAAGAGUAGAGCUGAGGAGAAGAUACUGUAGGACCAUUGGAAAAGCUACUACAGUGUUUUCUCAACCUUUUUUAGUGCCAAGUACCGGCAAGCUAGAUUGUUUCCUCCUUUGGGGAAAACGUACAUUUAAACGAGCACAAAAAAAAGACAAAAUCACCGUCAGCUAGCUGAACAUCUCAGGGACUGCUGAGCAUCAUCCCAGGGACCGGAGCUGGUACUUGGGCCAGAGGUUGACAAACACUGGGCAACCAGACUACAGGAAGUUGUUGGAGUGUUUGAAAAGCAGGAAUGUUCUUGAACACAGCCUCACCUCGGAAGUCUUUUAGCGUCCCCAUUAGCAUCAACCUGCAGGGUGCACGGAGGCGACAGACACGGGAGAUCCUCCACCCUUUGGCGGCGAGGGAGCAGGUGUGGCGGAGAGGAGGGUACGGGUGCGGAGGGGAGAGGGCCAAGGCUCAGGUGAUGGCCUCCAGUGUGGGGGAGGACAGAGCCAUGCUCAUGGGCUUCAGCAUGAUGGCCUUCUCUGUGCUCAUGUACUUUCUGAUCGGGAUCACUCUGGUUAAACCCCACCUAAACAGUGACUGGCAUGAGGAGGCCAGCUGCUUGCUGGUCCAGGUUGAUGUUCUGGAUGAGUGGGCCGACUGCAGAGGGGUCAGCACUGCCCCAUGCCUGAGGGUUCUGGUCAACCUCAGUACCUCUGGACAGAAGGCUCGCCUACACUACGAUGAAGAGUCUGUACUCUUCAACCCUGAGUGUUUCUACAUACCCAAAUGUCAAGUAGACAGGAAAGUCCUUGUGGGCGAAGUGCAGAAAAUCCAAAACACUUUGGAGGAGACACAAGGCAGUGAGUUGAGUUGUCUUUCCGACCCCAGAAAAUACCCAGAGGACACCAUUUUGAAGAGGAAGUACACGUUAGGCCUUGCCCUGUGGUCUCUGCUGUGGCCCAGCUUGAUGCUGGGUGGGGGAGCUCUACUGGUGGGCCUGGUGAAGCUCAACCAGAGACUGGCACACCUCUGUACGGAGCUGGGUAAUGAGGUGGCAGGGGGUAGGCUGACAACGAUGACAAAUACCCAAGGCAAACUCUAUCAGCUCCUUAGGUGGUCUGGCUCUGGACAGCACUCACCUAUGCAGGAUGACUCAGUGAAGUGAUAGCUGACAGUGGCUGUGCUCCAAUAUGCAAUAAGUGUACUACAAUGUGUAUUGAAUAUAGCCAGUGAAAGGACAUGGAGAUAACAUACUGUGUAGGUGAUCCCCACUGUAAGGGAGUCUAUGGGUUGAUGUAGUAGGAAAUGGAAAUAAUUAUGUUAUCCACCUUGUCCUGGAUUUUUUUAAAUAGAUAUGCACAAGGGCUGCAGGGAAUCCCACUGUAUGACUGAAUAGUAGUGGAGGCUGGCUCAUAAUAAUGGCUGGAACUGAGCGAAUGGAAUACCAUUCUAGCCAUUACCACUAGCCCCUUCUCCCCAAUUAAGGUGGCACCAACCACCUGUGCUGAAUAAGCUGACUUGAAGGUACUUUUUCCUGGUAUGGUUAGUCGAAGCAGGUACUAUAAUCAACUAGCCGCAUUUCUCUGUCAAUAUAUGGGGACGAGGUUAGAUAUUACUGAAACGAUGUAGGAUUAACUGAGUUUUUAUAUUGUCCUUUUUAAAUAUCAUGGCAUGGCAAAUGGAUAAUAAGAAAUUAAAUGCAUUGGUUCUCAAAAUAUGAGACAGGGAUACAGAGAUUUUUUAUUUUUAUUAAACAGUACAAUGAGUGAAUGAAUACAGGAUUCUUUCCAGACAUGGUAAAAUGAAUGAGUAUGAAAGAUUAAUUAGUGCAUACUACAGGUCAAACAAUAUUUACAAAGAUGAAUAGUUAGAUAAGAAUAUCAGCUUUAAAAACAUGCAGGAUAGCUUUUCACCAUUGUGCUUUUACACUGUACUCAGUCAGAGCAGCAGACCUUCAGUGAAACUCCACUAGAUACAUUUUCCUCCUUCAUUCAUUCGUCACUCGUUUCUCAUUUCAACGACAACAAGCUGUCUACUGGGGUGUAAAAGGAUGUAUUAUGCAUAAGUCCAAUGUUUUUGGGAGGGUUAGCGAUUAUAUUUUGAGUUUGUCUACAUUUAGAAUACAAAAAUAUAUUACCUCUAGAGUUAUUCAAGGAAAGUGAUUUGCACAAAGUAGCAGUUCUCUUCAUGGUGUGCCAUUGUACCUCACCAGUAACAAAAAAGGUCAUUAACAUGAACUUCAAGUAAACACUAGUAAGAGAAAAGGAUGACAUUUCCCACAGCAAAAAUGAAAAGAAACAUUUAUGAUAGCUCUUGCAUAGUGUAUGUACUAUGGGUAUUGUAGUUGUCUCGUUUUGACUGGGUCCUGCCCAACAGUCUGUAACCUGUACAGAAACACGCACAGUAAAUCAUUUGGUGAAGCUGGCAUACAACUGACUAAUAACCUAGUACUAUGCAAUGAGCAAACUGCAGGAUCCACACUUACAAGGGAAGUUGUUCGGGGAAGGGAACAGAAAAAGACACUUAAAGGGAAAACCACAUUCACAUCAGUAAAAAGAAGAAAACUUUACUGUAUAGGGAGUUCAUAUGAAAAGAGAAUGCUGAGGAAGUCUGGAAUAGUGUCUAAUCUAUACAUACUUGAAUUUUAUAAAGACAGGGUGAAGCAAAUUCCAAUUCAGUUGGAGAGAAAAAAAAUUGGUUUCAAACGCUUCCUAAAAUGUCUGUUUAGAUGUUUCACUGAUAGUUUUCCGACCUGUGGGUUGUUUCUUUUCAUUAGUUUCCUAAAGUGAAAGGCAGGGUACAAUAGCCUUUUUUCAGUUCUUCCAGAGUCACCCUGUUAGGAAAGAGAAGUGAUACUGUCACAGUGCAUAAUUGUACAUUUGUCUCCUGUGUACUGUCUGUACAUAGUUGAGACACCCUUAAUGCCGUGUAUAUGCACAAUUCAGAGAUACUCCCAUCUCUUGACCCUACUUUGCCUUGACACCAGUAUUACAAGUCUAUAGUACAGUACAUAAAUAUCACAAUUUGCAUAGUGUAACAGCACGGCAUUCUAUAACAUUGCACAUCCUUUUCGCCCCCCCCUCCCCCUUUCCCUUUAAAAACAAAGCAACCAAUAAAAACAGAACGAGGAUGAAUUUGAAUAUCUAUUUCAUCUGGGUGUCGCAAAAGGACUUUACAGUUCUUUUCUGUCGGUCAUCCAAAACGUCUGCGUUGCAGCCAACGGUGCUGGACGGCAGCCAUUUUGCACCUGAAUGCUCCACACGCGUCGUAACACUGACAAACAAAUACAAAUGUUAGAGAUCAGUGCUACACAGAAGAUACACAGGGAUUGGAAUAGUAGUGACUCAUUCCCACGGUAAGACCGAUACCUAAGCUGUCGGGGGUGUGUGUGUGUGUGAGAGAGAUAUAUUUUAGUACUUUGGCUCAGUAGAAAAUAAAGACUCAGAAUAAUGUGCACAGUAUGGAUAAGAGACCAUUGGGAUACUUCUGUACAAAAUGUCAUACUUGAGGUCACGAAACAUGACUGUUUCAAUCGGAGGGGACACUGUGUAAUCGUCACUUGAGAUCAAACAUGGGUCAGAAAGUUCUGCUUGCUAGCCUUAAAAUUGACAGCAGACGAUGAACGGACAUCCUCGUGUCUGUUAACCAUGCACCACUGGGAUUUAACAAUGCUGGUGGUAUUCUGGGUAGUGUUCAUUGGGCUCCAAGCGGAAGAAAACAGACUGCCAUGAUUUGUCCAAUAAGAAACAAUUGUUCACUUUCUGUUGCAUGCCCUAAUGAACAUGACCCUGGGCAGGCCUUCAUGGUGUCCUGGCGUGCUAGCAGAAUGUAGGCUAGAGAUCCACUCUGUCCAUAGUAAACUAGUGGAUGGGGUACGCUA